AUGACGACAUCAUCUGCCGCCCCGCAGACCAAUAGCAAGGCCAACGGCACCACCGAAGGCAGGCCCAGAACCGCCGACGAGAGCACGCAAACCAAUGGCUUCUCUGAGCCCGAUGCUGGCAAGCUGAACAAGGAGGGAAUGGAGAAUGAAGACCGCUGGUCGGUAGAGAGUGUGCUAUCCGAUGAGAAGCUACGCUACACCGAGAACGCCAACUCCCCCAUCCCCUUCUUUCACAUCCUCGAGCGCCUCAAGACAACCAAACGCGCAGGAUGGCGUCGUUUCGGUAUCGAGAACUGCGAGUCCAUCUCUGACCACAUGUAUCGCAUGUCCUUGAUCACCAUGAUGGCACCCGCCUCGCUAACUUCGAAGCUCGACAUCGCCAAGUGUACCCGCAUGGCGCUAAUACACGACAUGGCCGAAUCUCUUGUCGGAGACAUCACUCCCGUCGACAACGUAUCCAAGGCCGAGAAGAGCAGGCGCGAGUCAGAGACCAUGGACUACAUUUGUACAAACCUGCUAGGCAGAUUCAACGGCGGAAUCAACGGCCAGCAAGUGAGGGCGAUCUGGCAGGAGUACGAGGACAGCGAAACGCUAGAGAGCAAGUUCGUGCACGACGUGGACAAGGUAGAACUCAUCUCACAGAUGGUCGAGUAUGAACGCAAACACAAGGGGGAAAUAGAUCUCGGCGAGUUCACAUGGGUCACCAAGAAGAUACUUUCUGCAGAGGUCAAGAGCUGGUCUGAUCAGCUACUCUGGGAGCGCCUGGAAUUGUGGAACGCCCUUGGAAAGGAACCUAAGUGGGCCGAGGACACCAAACCGCAUCCCAAGCCCGUUGGCUCCUAG